AUGCCGUCUUUCUUCGCUCCGGGCCACGGCCUACCUCCCACGCCUCCUCAUGUCAACAGCGGUGGUCGUCUGGAUGAACCCUCGUUCUAUCCGAGCGGCUCUGAGUUCAUUGAACAGUACUCGCAGUCUCUGGUUUACACCAAGCCGAACGCGAUUAUGCACCAUGGAUCGGCGCAUCCGAUGCACGGUGCGCGUGAUAUGCACUCCUUGAGCCACCAGCAGUCGAUGUUUGGCCCGAUGGCAACUACCUUGCCCCCUAUUCGGGCCAACGUCCAGCUGCCUCCCAUGGACAGCGCCAUUCCCCCACAAUACCGCCGUCAGGAGAUUCCCUCGAUGCAGCAGCACCACCACCAGCAGCACCAACAACAACAACUGGAGCAGCAGCAGUCCCGCAAGGAGGAGAAGGCUACCGGAGGUGUCGCCGCCCACCUAGAUUACGAGAUGGAUCGCAUGUCCGACUUCGUGGCAGAAAUGACCCAGGGAAUGUAUGAGCUGUACAACACCAAGAUCACCCUUGCAGAUAUUGACUUCGCGCGAAGCAUCUCCCCAGGAACUUCCGUGCCCCCUCAGUUCCGGAAAUACGUCUACCAGAUCUUGUCCUCGACCCGCCUCCCCAGUUCGACUAUCCUGUUGGGCCUGUUCUACAUGUCCAGCCGCAUGCGCAUCUUGUCCGCUCAGCGGGUCUUCCAGUCCGGCAGUGGCCAGAUCUACCGCAUGUUGACGGUGGGUCUGCUGCUGGGCAGCAAGUUCUUGGAUGAUAACACCUUCCAGAACAAGUCAUGGGCUGAAGUUAGCAACAUCCCCGUGGCUGAACUGAACAAGAUGGAGCUGGAGUGGCUGUUCGGCUUCGACUGGAAGAUCCACGAGCGCAUCUAUGACCAGCAAGACGGAUUCGCCUCCUGGCGCCGACACUGGGACAACUGGAGUGCCAAGGCCAACGUUCGGGCCCAGGAGUCUUCUCGUCAGACCCUGGCGCCCAUCGACACUAACGUUGUCCGACACCACCAGUCCGUUUCCAAGCCGCUCAUGUCCCCCGAGGGACCCAUCCCGCCGCAGUACCAACGCAGCUCCCACAUCGAGAACUCCUGGCUCAACCCUGCUGCCUCCGAGUACUCCCCGCCAUCGGCUCCUCACAGUGGCCCCAACACCCCCGACUACUACUCAGUCGGACCCUGGGGCUUCUCAAACCCGCCACCACCGUACUCGCAGGGCGCCUGGAUUGCUCCGCCACGGUACAUUGCUCAGUCCGCACCUCGCUCGCAGCCCCCGUCCUACCACCACACUCCGGCGUAUGGCCUGCCAUUCGCUCAGAGUGUCUGGACUGGUCACGGCUCGUCCUGUGGCUGCAUGUACUGUGCCAAGCAUAUGGAGCAUUACAUGUGCAACAGUGCUUUCCCCGCGCUGCAGCCCAUUGUUGCAGGCUAA